AUGCCAUCGCCAUUGAGCAUAGAGGGACUGAGCGCCCAAAGCAUUCAUGAAAGCAUCGAUCGCUUGAUCGACAACCUCAUUAACAUAAAAGAUGAUACAGGCCACUUUCUGUUAAAACUGCCUGAUGGUCGGAUAAUCGAUACCAAAGGAUGGAACGACUGGGAGUGGACUCAUGGCAUUGGCCUCUACGGCCUAUAUCAAUAUCAUGACCUCACGUCUUCGCCAUUCGCACUGAAGGUCAUUCAAGAUUGGUUUGACGCUAGGUUGGCCGAGGGUACGACCAAGAAUAUAAAUACCAUGGCAGUGUUCUUGACGCUGGCGUACGUCUAUGAGGAGACUGGUAACCGAAGUUAUAUUCCUUGGCUAGACUCCUGGGCUGAAUGGGCCAUGUACGAGUUGCCAAAGACGCGCUUUGGUGGCUUUCAACAUAUGACCUACCUCGAAUGGAACGACAAUCAGCUUUGGGACGACACGCUGAUGAUGACCGUCAUGCCACUGGCCAAGAUUGGUUUAUUGUUAAAUCGGCCACAAUAUGUUGAAGAAGCAAAACGACAGUUUUUGCUUCACAUCCAGUACCUCUUUGAUCCACAGACAGGACUAUUCUUCCACGGUUGGCAAUUUGACGACAAGGCGCCUGGAAGCCUCGGUCAUAAUUUUGCCAGGGCAAGAUGGGCUCGGGGCAAUUCCUGGUUGACGAUAGCUAUCCCCGAUUUCAUCGAGCUCCUGAACCUUCCUCCAGACGACGGCCUGACACUCUAUCUUGUGAAUGUUCUGGAAGCACAAUGCAGUGCCCUGCGUUCGCUCCAGACACAAGAUGGGAUGUGGCGAACUUUGCUUGAUGUGUCUGAAGAAGAGGGAAGUUACCUAGAAGCCUCGGCGACGGCUGGCUUUGCUUAUGGUCUGUUAAAAUCGAUAAGGAAGCGCUAUAUCUCCAAAGACUAUACACACGCCGCACUAAAAGCCGUAAAGGCCGUUCUGCAAAGGAUUAACAAGGACGGGGAGUUGCUAGAUGUCAGUUUCGGUACGGGCAUAGGCAAAGACUUGCAACACUAUAAGGACAUAGAAAGGACAAGCAUGCCUUAUGGACAGGCAAUGGCCAUGAUUGCCUUGGUUGAGUUCCUCAAGAUGUACAUUUGA